GCAUAAACCGGUUUGACAACCUUGAUCUGCUCUCAACUUUGCUCUGCCGCCCUCACACCACCACCGUUAGUCUUCACGGCCACCACCUCCGUCGAUUCGUCUACCAAAGCACCACCAUAAAAGAGGAAGGAGAGGGUGUCGAUGUCACCGUGCAGACCUGGGUUCAGCGCGAUUUUGUUUCCCUCGAUGGAGAUCUGGGUUUCUUCAAGAAAGCCCACUGCGGAGGUUUCACUCACUGAUUUAGGCGCUAUCGCCAAGAAGGAAGGAGAAGCCGAGCCGUCGCCAUCGAGAAGGUCACACUGCGAUUGUCGUCGUCGCACCCAGAAGGAGGAAGAAGGUCUCGUCGAGGAAGAUCGAGCGGAAGAUGAAGGGAAAAAGGAGGAAGGCGAAGGCUGGGGUAUUUUUUGUUCUUGAACUGCAUCUGUUUGUGGAGGAGAUGGAAGAUGAAGGGACAUGAAGGGGAAGAGAAGCCUCGGGGACAGGGAGGGGAAGAGAAGGCCCUCCCGAGGGGAUUUCUUUGUUAGAUUAGGGUUUUUUUGUUUUCUUUUCUUGUUUUAAAAUUUAAUAAUUAAUUAUAUUGAAAUUAAUAAAUAAAACUAAAAGUAUAGUCAAACAGGGGCAUUUUGCCACAUCAUCGAUAUUUGUCCA